AGUACCAUUGCGAGCUCUCCCUCGACAUUUGUCCAGAUGGCAAUGACCUUAAGAGAUACGCAGAGCCAGCGAUCGUUGCAGAGCUGGAAAGCUGCAAUCCAGUGGCAUUUACCAGAUUGCGCCUAGUGCAGAACUUGAGUUUUCCAUCGAUGGUGGCUGUACGGAAGAGCGGAGACGUUACCGUCAUGUUUUCAUCCGGCGCCUCAUUAGCUGAGAGCUAUCACCGGUCAGUCGAUAACCUCCAAUCUCGCUCUGCUCCAUCGACGCCAAUGGGAUUCGGACGACGCGCCAUUGUCGGCAAACGCGUACGCGAACUCGCUGAUAUUCCCCGUGCUGCUGGUCUCCGGGAUAUAAAAGUUGAAGUGAGUGUGGCUCAUACCAAAAGCAAGCUGAAGGCUCGGUUCUUCGUCGAGAUGAAGCGUGACAAAACCAUGCCUCGCCAAAAUUGGGGCUUUGGCGUGUCACUCUUGGACGUGCGCAAGUUCGAGUUGCAAAUGAAUCAUCUCGUCAAGAAACACUAUAGAGCGAAUGGACAAGGCGAACAGAAUGGGAUCAAAAAGUGUUGCGGCAUGUGCAUACAACUGAAGGAGGAAAUGCGUGAAUGGUCGGCUGUGAAGCGAUGGAGCGCAAUGAACCCGGGGCACAAGCAGCGGAAGUGUGACACCAUCAAACUCUUCUUUGCGAAACUCUUCGAGAUGCUUAGCGAACAUGCGCAAUGGAUGCACGAAUGCGAAGCGCUGCGCGAAAUCCUGCGCUUGACCGAAGAGAUGACUGAAAUGCAGUAUCCCCACGACGCAGAUGCCGUGGACGUUAUUCGAUCGCUACGUCGUGUUGAUAUCAACGAUGGAGGACAAGACACGAAUUGCACGAUCUGCAUGGCCAAGAUUGAUCGGUUACCGGAGGAAUCGACUGAACGAGGACGCGUCUGUGGAGUGGAGCUGUCCUGUGGACAUCGUUUCCAUGACACGUGCAUUUGCAUGUGGCUCCAUGCCCGCUUGGACUGCCCCGUAUGUCGCGGGCAUAUAUCUGCGCCGCUUUCUUCGCCCAGACGUAUUUUGUAGGAUCUCGAGGUUUGCACAAAGUAAAAUAAAUUCUUGGCCGGAUCUAGUUGAUGAUGGUUUACGAGUAGUCUCGAGGAGCUUCCACCGCCUUCAACCCAAAACAAUGAACCAUAGCUCAUCAG